UGGACUUGAGACAGGAUAAAGUUGUCAGAUUAAAGAUAAAGUGAGCUGUUUUUCUGAUACUUCUGCGUCCACUUCAUCCGGAAUUCAAAAGAAUGGCUGGGAAACUGAAAAGGUUUUACGACCUUUCAGCAAAACUGCUGUCUGGAGAAACGUUGAGUUUCUCUGCACUGAAUGGGAAGGUGGUUCUCAUUGAAAAUGUGGCGUCUCUCUGAGGAACAACAACUAGGGAUUACACCCAAAUGAACGAGCUUCAUUCUCGCUAUUCCGCCGAAGGACUCGUUAUCUUGGGGGUACCCUGCAACCAGUUUGGACAUCAGGAGAACUGCAAGAAUGAUGAAAUCCUAAGAUUGUUGAAGUACGUCCGUCCAGGGAAUGGUUUUGAACCAAAGUUCCAACUCCUGGAGAAGGUGGAUGUGAAUGGAAAAGAUGCCCACCCCCUGUUUGUCUAUCUGAAAGAGAAGCUCCCGGUCCCCAGUGAUGACACCACGGCUCUCAUGACUGAUCCAAAGCUCAUCAUUUGGAGUCCAGUGUGCAGAAACGACGUGUCCUGGAACUUCGAGAAGUUCCUGGUCAGUCCAGAUGGGGAGCCUUACAAGCGCUACAGCAGAAAUUUCCUCACCAGUGACAUUGAGGCAGAUAUUAAAGAGCUACUUAAGAGGGUCAAAUAAAGUGUGCUGCGUCAGGCUAUGGGGAGAAUAUCAGUUAUAACCACCCUACCCAGAAAGAUUAAUCAGCCAAUGCAUCUGUCUGGGGUACUUUAUCAUGCUCUCCAGCUUCACGUUUCAGUCAGUUGGCAGGACUCCUAAAUUUGUGAUAUUUUCUGUACCAUACACUCUGGUUGUUCAGACUAUUUACCCAAUGAAGACACUUCUUGAAACAGUUUGAGGGGAGUUUCUGAUGAAGAUGUAAAAGUUUGACUCUACCGCUGUGUAUAACUCAUAUCACAAACGUCCUCAUUUGGUAGACUUUAAGAAAAGAAAUAAACAUGUUUUUAUCAUA